AUGAUGUCAUUUCAGACACGCUAUAUACAAGACCACACUGAGGGGAAACACUGGGAAGUCGUUCCAAGAGGUUCCAUGCCAGAAGGCCACCGUGCCAUGCGUGGAGUAUGGUCCAUGAAGCGAAAGCGGAGAGUGGGAACCGGAGAAGUCUACAAAUGGAAGGCGAGAAUAUGCAUUGAUGGCAGUUCGCAAGAGAAAGGCGUCAACUAUUGGGAGACCUACUCCCCAGUUGUUGGUUGGGAGACAAUUCGAAGCCUACUGACACUGGCGAUACUCAAUGGAUGGACUACCAGACAAAUCAACUUCGUACUGGCAUUUCUACAAGCAGAAGUUGAAUGUCCGAUGUACAUGGAAAUUCCGAAAGAAUGUUACGUUGAUGGAUCGGAGUUGAACGAGAACAACGUUUUGCUUUUGAAGAAGAACUUAUAUGGGACCAAGCAGGCGAGCUGUGUGUGGUUCGAAUUUCUGAAGGAAGGACUGGAGGAAAUUGGUUUCGUACAGUCGAGUGAGGACAAGGCAGUCUUCUACAAAGGCGAGACGAUCUUUGUUGUAUAUGUUGAUGAUGGGAUUUUGAUGGGUCCAAACGGACAUGAAAUUGAUGACGUCAUCGGACAACUCGGACACAAGUAUAAAUUAACCGACAAAGGCGACCUAAACGAAUAUCUCGGCAUCAAAAUGAAGAGAACCAAAGACGGUCGUGAACUAACCCAACCAGCACUGAUCCAACGCAUAUUGCAGACGGUCGGAGUGUCGCUCAAUAGAGGAGAUCGGCAAGAAGUGAAAACCCCAGCGACAAAAACGUUACACAAAGAUGAAGGGGGUGAGAAGCGCCGAAUGAAUUGGGACUACAGAUCGGUGGUUGGGAUGCUGAAUUGGUUGGCACGUUCAACGCGUCCAGAACUCAUAUUUGCAGUGUCACAAGUUGGUAGGUUCAUGGCGUUUCCUAAGAAAUCCCAUGAAGAUGCGAUAAUGAGAAUAUGCACCUACUUGAGAGACACUCGAGACAAAGGAAUGAUCAUGAAACCUGACAAGAAUAAAGGAUUUGAGGUUUAUGCCGAUGCAGAUUUCGCUGGAGGAUACAACAAGCACAAUGCAGAAGACCCAGCAGCAGCAAAAUCACGAACUUGCUAUCACAUCAUGUUUAACAACUGCCUUGUAUAUUCCCACUCAAAACUUCAGGCAGAGAUUGCAUUGAGUACAACUGAAGCGGAGUACAUUUGCUUGUCCCAAGCGCUACGGACAGUGGUCAGUUUGAUGCGAUUCUUCAAAGAACUAGCAAGGAAGAUCAAAUCAUUCAAGUACAAACGACCAAGGUUCAAAUGCAAGGCAUUUGAAGACAACAAUGGCGCGAUAGCGAUCGCAACAACUGAAAACUUACGGCCACGAACAAAACACAUCAAUAUCAAAUACCAUCACUUCAAACGAUACGUGCGAAAAGGGUAUGUGACGAUUGAACGGAUAGACACAAUUGAUCAACUUGCCGACAUUGGUACCAAGCCUCUGUUGCCCCAUAUGUUCAUACCAUUGCGGAAAGCACUCAUUGGAUGGUAA